UACGAACAAGAAGGCGUCGACAAAGAGCUCGCGGCACUCAUCAAACAAGACAUGCUCGAUCUCACCCCCAACGUGCGCUGGACCGACAUCGCAGGGCAAGAAGAGGCUAAAACGUUGCUAGCCGAAGCGCUGGUCAUGCCGGCACUGAUGCCGGAGUUCUUUAAGGGGAUUCGACGACCGUGGAGGGGGAUAUUGAUGACGGGGCCGCCGGGUACGGGGAAGACUAUGUUGGCUAAAGCUGUUGCUACGGAAUGCCGCACAACCUUCUUCAACGUCUCCGCCUCAACCCUCGCCUCCAAAUGGCGCGGCGAAUCCGAAAAACUCGUCAAAACCCUCUUCACCCUCGCGCGCAUCCACGCCCCCUCCACUAUCUUCAUCGAUGAGAUCGACUCCGUCUGUUCCGCGCGGGGCGGGAGUAACGAGCAUGAGACGAGUCGGAGGGUGAAGAGUGAGUUGUUGGUGCAGAUGGAUGGGGUGGGGAGUAGUGCGAGGGACGGGGUUGUGAUGGUGCUGGCGGCGACGAAUUUGCCUUGGCUUUUGGAUGAGGCGAUGCGGAGGAGGUUGGAGAAGCGGAUUUACAUCGGCCCACCAGACCAACUCGCCCGCGAGCAAAUGCUGCAACUCAGCCUGCGGGACGUUGCCGUCGCGCCCGAUGUUGAUUUGGAGGAGAUCGCGAAGCAGAUUGGAGGGUUUAGCGGGGCUGAUAUCGCCAAUCUCGCCCGAGACGCAGCAAUGAUGAAACUCCGCGAAAAGAUGCGGACCAUGAAACCCUCCGAGAUGCACAAGAUGAAAGCCGAUGAACUCGUCGCCCCAAUCACAACCUCCGACUUCACCACCGCGCUCAAGAAAGUGCAGUCGUCGCUGUCGGGAGCCGAUAUUGAGCGCUAUGAGCAGUGGUUGGCGGAUUAUGGGAGUGCUUAG